GCGGUUAUCCUCCCACUACAGCAGUAAGAAGAUCUCCUAGAAAGCGUGCGAAGGGCGUGAGUACUUCAUUGAUGCGACAACUUUCCCCAUCAGAAUCAGAUAAUUCAGAUCACCUCCCAACUUUCCAGACUCAAAAGAGAAAAAGAUCUACAGAACAGAAUAAUCCACAAAGAAAGGCUCAGCUAAGUCGAUCUGCUGCUUCUCAGGAAACAGUGAUGACACCGGGUAAUGCAAGCCAAAGUCAGCCGACCAGUGUAUCACUAGGGAGAACACCAUCAAACAGCAGUGGCAUGAAGACGCAAAUUUCUCAGAUACUUGCAAACCAAAAUGAAAUUCUUCAACAAUUGGCCAUUAUAAAGAAAGAUAUCCGAGAAGUUAAAGCAGAGAUUGAAAAGAAAAAGCAAGAAACUAAUGAACCAGUACAUGUUCCGGCAAGAAUUAGGAGUGCAGUGAAGGACUCAUAUUUAAAUGGCCAACAGACAAAUUUGAAAUGGAACUGCAAUAAAAGAUUUAUGGAUGAAGAAAACUCUGAAAUGACAGAUUUUAUUAGGAAAAGUGUGCAAGGAAUCGCUCCAGAUGAAAGCGUUGAUGUUAUAAAUGCUGCAAUAAAAAGAUAUUUUACAUCGCAAAAGGAAGCAGAUAACAGGCAGAAAAAGAACAAAACAGACUUACAUAAAAAGAGACAGGCAACUUAUGAAAGAAAAAAAGAGAAAUUAAAGAGGAGAGUGUUAGCCAUUGAAAAGAAGACAGGAUGGUCCCAGGAGAAAAAGGUGAAGGUCAAGUCUUUCCUCCAGUUGCCAAAUGCCUACAAAUUCAUGAGUAGUGACGAGGAGGGAGAUGAUGGUUUUGUGUCCCAUUCAUAUUCAUGGGAAAGUGAAGAACUUAAAAAAAUCAAAGAAAGCCUGGACAAGAAAUAUUUAGAUACUUGUCCUCCACGCAGCAAAAGACUUCUGUCAAAGAGAAGCAGGGGGUCAAUAAGACAACAAGAUCCCCCAAAACUAGCCAGUGAUCAUGACUGGGUUCUAAACAAUGACUCUUAAAUUUAUGUAUGAAAAGCUUUGGUAUGUUCAAAUGUUAAUUGAAUACUUGGAUUAUGUCAAGUGUGUUAAUGAGCAUUCAUUAUAUUUUUUUUUGUAUAAAAUUCAAUUAUGCAGACAUGUAUAUAUC